GUACGAUAGAGCUAAUAGCUAUUGGUCAAGCUAAACGCUUCUAUACGCGCGGCCAAGCUCGCUUCAGACAUAGCCUCUCUCUUUUUGGCUUUGCCAUCUCUCCCUCUUCUCCCCCACGGAGGAGAGAGAGAGAAACUUCCAAGAGUCCAUAUUUUACGUGCGAGCAAAAAUAGCAUACCCAAGCAAAAGAUAAAUUCUCUGCUUCUCUGUUUUCUAGGGUUUUCGCUCACGCCAUUGUCGUCCUUACUCGCUGCUCCUCCGGUCCUCCCCCCUGUUCUGCGCUGGCAUUGCUCUGACUUCAUCUGUAUUUGGCUGUUUGAUUUCAAUUUUCGGAUUUCUUCCCCUUUUAAGAGGAUUCUGAUUGGUCUAUUGGUCAAUCCAUUUUCUUUCGGUUUAAGAUAUACCAUAUCCUGCUCUCAAUGGUAUGCUCGCUUGGGAGUGGGAGAAUGGCAGUCAUUGCAAGGCUUCUGGCUGCUGGGAGGUUCUCCCCAACUAGGGCAGUUUGAAAGAUGCUCGUUUGCCCCAAGAAGUCAGGAACUAUCAUAAAAGAGGAGAUUGGCCAUCAGAAGUCAGCUGCUGAGUAUGUUUUCAGAGACCUGCGAGAUGCUGAUGAAGCAAAUUUGCUUGACGAAGAAGAUAUGCAUGUGUAUGGUUUGAGGCCUAUGUCUGAUCCUUUGCAGCUGGUAUGUUGUAAUGCUUGCAAGAAGCCCGUUCAGGCCAGCCAAUAUACUGCUCAUGCAGAACUUUGUAGGUCAUUAAAGUAUACAGAACAAACUAUUUUGGAGAUUGAUGGCAGCAUGGGUUAUCGAAAGCCCCCAAGGAAAGAAAAGAAAAAGUUAUCAUCAACUUCUUGUGCUAACGCAGCAUCUAUGAUGGACGGUACAGGAUUUAAUCUUGGAAAUAGAGAUCACCCAGCUUCUGUAAUGCAACCUCCUACAAAACGUCAUAAAUUGAUUGCUGGAGGACAUUUACCUCUACCAGAAAGUCCUGCAACAGAAUCUGGAGUGACUAGAUCAGCAAGCUUCGCAAAUAAAAAUACUUGCAAAGGCGGGGAUGUGUUGGAAAGAACUGUCUCUGAACAUGGAGCUCCUAACCAUAAAAAUCUUAGGCUUGUCCAAGAGCAGCACCUUACUAAGAGAGAUGUUGCCGCACCCCUUGCUACAAAGGUGUAUUAUUCGCAAAGGAACAAUCGUCUGCGUGCAGCACUUCGUCAUCUUUACUUUCAGGAAUCAAGCAAUGAAUCAUGUACAGAUAUUGCCAGUCCAAAGUCGUCAAAUGAAAUGAUAGCAUUCCAAGAUUCGCGUCAUGUGGACCCUUUGUUUGGACAAAAGAAUAAUGAUAACAUGGAGGGUCACUUACGAAAUUUGAGCUCAGCACAAAGUCCGAAUCAUAUUCUUGGAAAAAGUUCAGACAUGAGCUUUGGUAAAGCUGAAAACCUACCGACUAGUAGCUUGUCAGAUCAGUUAGUUGUUAAUGUUUCAAGGCCUGCAGCCCCUCCUCUUGGUUUGACUAGAAGCAGCUUUCUUCAAAAGCCUUAUUCUUUCGCAAACAACACAGGAAAUCCAAUGGGAACAAUUCAGCAACCAAAGGGGAGUGUUCCUGUUAAAUAGUAAUCUUGCAGGGAUUUUUUUUCCUAGGUGAAAUUAUAGUUCAACUAAUACUCGAGGUUAGGAUUUAGCAUCCCUUUUUUGAAGCUGAUAAAGCAAUUUUCUCAAAUUGUUCAUUCUAUCAGUGUCAUCUGCUUUGUAAAUGAACUCUGAUCUCUGCUAUAAAGGAAUGAAAAUUCUAAGAAUUAUGUUAGUCCCUUU